UAGGUUAGUUUUAGUUUUCUGUUUUUGGUAUACCAUUUAGACAUGAAUUCUCUAAAAAGCUUAAAUUCCUGUUUAUUUAACAUUGUAAAAUACAACAGAAGUAACCAGUGUCAAUUUGUUCAGGUUAUCCGUAACUAUUCUUCGAGUUCUUUAAUAUUCCGCAACAGUUCCUCGAGUCUAAAUAAUGUUGCACCAUUAGUUGCAACCGUACAAAAAGUACAUUUCAGCAAUACAAACCCGGCUUUACAAAUUUCAGCCGAAUUGGCAAAUACUCACGACACCGUAUCCUCAAUUCCCGUUAAAAAAAAGAGGACAGGAAGGAAGAAGAAGCCCUUAGAGGAAGAGGAAAGGAAACCCGGUUUCUACACUGUCGUUGCUUUUGCCACAGCCGAAGAAUACAAUUUGGAGAACUUGUUUUUAGGCCUAAAAGCUCAAAAUUUAUACGAUGUGAAACAAAUUGAAAACAAUGACAACGUUAUUCACGCUAUACCGAAAUACAAAGUCGACGAUGAAAUUAGGGAGAUAUUUUUCUUUCGGGAUGGUAGUGUGGUCAUGUGGAAUAUCACCGACCUAGAAAGCAGCAAUAUUUUAAAAUUCCUGCGACAAUUCGAAGAGGAUAGUUACUCUCAAAGGCUUGUGCAAACCGAAUGCGAAGUAAUGAAUUACAAGCAUCAUACAGCUGCAAAUAAACAAAGUUCAGUUUCCAAGGAAGGGAACAUUGUUUUUGCACCAAUAGAAGAUCUGACGUUGCAUAAAUUCGCGUACUCAAACGGAAUGGUGAUAAGCGUGAAAUUGGGAAUAUGGGAGGCUUGUUUAGACAAGUACAUAAGCGAAAUGGAAUUUGUCACUGAGGAACUCAAAAGGGGUAAAAUUAAAAUGACGAGAGAAGAAGUGCUGAAGAAACACGGAGAAUUAUUCGCUCUCAGACAUUACUUGAAUCUAAGUUCGGAUGUUUUGGACACUCCUGAUUUCUAUUGGGACAAUGAUCAGUUGGAACAUUUGUAUAGACAAAUGUGCGGAUAUUUUACUAUUAAUAAAAGGACUAGAGUGAUGAACGAAAAAUUAAAUCAUUGUGUAGCUCUCAUCGAGCUUUUAUCUACGCAUUUAAGCACUAAACAUAGUACUAAAUUGGAAUGGACAAUUAUUGUACUUAUAAUGGUUGAAGUAUUUUUUGAAACUAUUCAUUACAUUGAUAGAUAUGUGGAAAGGAGAGAAAUCAAUGAAAUGCCACAGAAAUUUGAGCAACUUGGAGAAUUUUAAAAUUUUCUAAUAAAAGUCGUUAUUUUAUUAUACUCGCUCAUUAAGAAUACAUGUAUAAUUUUCUAAUUUAUCUUUUUCUAUAUAAAUUGUUAGAAAAUCUAUAAUACCAAUUAAUAAAUCAUUUCAACUAUU